AUUUUAACCCAAAAAGUAGUUCUUUGUAACCUGCGGAUGUUGAUGAUAGGGUGUAUUACUUUCGAACGCAAACUAAAUAUGACGAAACGUGGAUUGAAACCGUGAAACUUGAAGCUAUAAAUAUAUGUUUCUUAAAGCAUGGUGUGUAGAUUACAGCUACUCACAGAGAGGAACUUUCGUUAUGGAUGAUCGAGCACUACAGGGGCUGGCCAGCUUGGCAAGCUGGCAGGAGCAGUCUUCGGCAUUGCAAUACUUUGAGCAAUUGAAACAAUCAGCAGACGGUUGGAAGCUUUGUGCACAGGCAAUUACAGAAGGCUCUUAUGAAGGGAAUGAUCAUAUAAAGUUCUUUUGUCUACAAGUGAUUGAGCAUUAUCUCAGAGGAAGGUAUUUGCAAAGCAGCCAGGCAGAGCAUGAGCUAGUGCGUAAUCUGAUUGGUCGACUGCUCCAACUCCAGGGCACAAAGCCUGACAAGAGUUUCCUGAAGAACAAGGUGUCUCAGGUCAUCUCCCUGGUGUUUGUUGUUGACUAUCCUCGAAGAUGGCCGGCAUUCUACCAGGACCUGCUGCACACAUUUAGCCUGGGUCCGCUCGCAGUUGACAUGUACCUGCGUGUCCUGCUGCAAAUAGACUCGGAGGUCGUGGAUAGAGACAUUGCGCACACCCCUCAGGAAACAGAGCGAAACACAAACAUCAAGGAUGCAAUGAGGGAGCAAUGUGUCCAGCGUCUCGCAGACUCCUGGCUGCAGAUACUGAACAAGUAUGAGGCGAGCAACACUGAAGUGGUAUGCACAUGCUUGGAGGUGAUAGGAAAAUACAUAUCUUGGAUAGACAUUGGGCUGAUUGCCAACGACAAGUUUGUGCCCGUGAUUAUUCGAUUCAUGUCAAACCAGCUGCUCAGAGAGAGUGCCUGUGACUGCAUUCAUGAUAUUAUCAGCAAAGGAAUGGACCCAAUUGCAAAGACGAAGCUUGUUGAAUCGUUUUCGGAUGUGCUCGAGAAUAUUGGAGUUUUGAAUCCUUCAGAGGAUGAAGAUGCUGACUUCUUGGCAAAAAUGUCAAAGCUGAUCAACUGUAUGGGAGUGCAACUGAUAUCCUCAUGGCAAAACAUCAUUUCUCUUUCAAGGCUCACAAAGACCAACCUGCAAGCCGCGAAAGAUACGCUAGCAGCAAUCGAGAGUAAGGUGCCCCUGAUGUUCCGUUUCCUAGGUAACGAAGAUGAUGAUGUGUCUGGGGCAGUGGCGUGCUUUACCACUGACUAUAUAUCGCUGUUAAAGCAGAUGACACCAUUAUCUGCAAAACAGCGUGAAAACAUUGAGACGCUGUUGAUUGUAGUGAUAAACAAGAUGAAGUUUGAUGAGUCCUACAAUUUCGACCAUGAGGGAGAGGAUGAGGCAAUGUUCCAAGAGUACAGAAAGCAGUUGAAAGUCAUCUUCAACAAUCUGGCCUCAUUGGACGAGCAGCUAGUUCUGGUCACAGUGCACACACUGGUGACCCGCACUCUGUCUCAGUGGGAGAACAUGGAGCUGAAGGACAUUGAGGUGGCCAUCACCCUGCUGUAUAACCUGGGGGAGGCACUGCCUACACCUGUAGGACAGCAUUUUUCUGGUGAUCCUGCCAAGGCAUCAGCCAUACACGACAUGAUGAGAUUGCUUGUGACGAGCAGAGUGAGCUGUCAGGGUCACAUGAUCGUGAUGAUCCAUUUCUUUGAGACAGUAGUACGCUACGACAGAUUCUUCCAGUGUGAGCAACAGCACAUUCCUGAUGUCCUGAUGGCCUUUAUGGAUGAGCGGGGUUUUCAUCACAGGAAUGGCCAGGUGCGAAGCAGGACUGCGUAUCUCUUCUCACGAUUUAUCAAGGGCUUGAAGAGCCAAGUACAGAAUUAUAUUGAUGACAUCUUCAAGCAGAUUGGGGACCUCCUGACUCUGAACACUCCUGACAACGGGUACCAGCAUCUCCUUAGCAAUGAGGAUCAGCUCUUCCUGUAUGAAACUGCGGGAAAUCUUAUUGUGUCCAGCAAUUUUCCACCUGAAAAAAAGGGCGAGUUAAUGAAGCAGGUGUUAGCUCCCAUUGCUGCCAAGUUCACAGCUCUUAUGAAAAAGAUGGUGGCAGAGGUGGAUGCUGAUAAGCAGUUGGCUUACGCUCACAGUAUUAACAAUGCAAUGGCAUUAGCUAGUCGUGCGAGCAAGGCGUUCUCCAAUCAGCUGACGAUGCAGCACUGCGGCUGUGAGAUGGUGUUCGUUGAGCUGAUGCGCAUGUUUGUGCAGGCGGUCAGUGUGCCUGUGCACCGUCAGCUGAUCCAUGUGGGCGUGAGACAAUACCUGCACCGCAUGGUGGUCUGUAUGGAGCACGAGAUCCUGCCCUUCGUGCCUAUAGUCCUGGAAAAUCUUCUCAAGCAGCCGGAUACCAAAGAGCUCUACGACUUCUUGCCAUUGCUGAAUCAGAUUAUCACUAAAUUCAAAAGUGCAAUAUCGCCGUUCCUCCAGGAAGUGUUCAUGCCAGUUGUGACUACAAUCUUUCGUGUGCUCACCCAGCCCUCUGACUCUCUCGACCAGGUGGCGCUCACCGAGAAACGACUCCUGCAGAAGGGCUACUACUCCUUCCUGGCUACCAUAGUCGCUAACGAUGUGCUCGACGUUCUGAAGAAUCAAGAGCCCCAGAACCUGCACGAGGUGCUGUUGACAGUUGUGCAAGGGGCUACAGACUUUCCAGACCCACCUAGUCAAAAGACGUGCUUCAAUAUUUUGAGAAGGCUUGUGGGAGCCUGGGGUGGAAAGGACGGGCUGCAGGGUUUUCCUGAUUUUAUCUACAAAAACAUAAUUCCAGCGUGCUUUAUCGCCCCGAUGAAACCAGAUUUUGACCUCCGAGAUGCCCAGACUUCAUUGGCUUUGGGAGAAAUGGCAUCUUGUUUGAAGUGUGUUGUAGAUGAAAGAGGAGAUGAGGUGGUGAAUUUUCUGUUCAGCGAUUAUCUUCCAACCCACCAGAUGUCCCAGCCUCAAGCUCAAGAAUUCUGUGAUGCUCUCAAGUCAGACUCCAAACUAUUUAGGAACUAUUUUAAGACAUUUUUUACAAAGGCCAAGUCAUGACCCUGGCUGUCUCGCCUACUUCACUCCGUAGGUGACAUACAGUCGAUACAAGGCAUGUAACGGCAAUUGUGUGCAUAGCUUUUGUGUAAUAUUGAUUAAAUUAUUAAGUUUUUUUACAAAGGUAAAUAAAGUGCUUCAGAAAAAAGUGUUUGUUUUUGUUGACGCUUGAAAGUAAUGAUGCAAGUGAUGAUGAUUGUUUACCAGGUUUUCAAUGAAUUUAAAAUCCUGGUUAUAAGAAUAGGAUAUGUCAGGCGUUGCCAGUGCUGUGCAGGUUUGGGACGGAAAACAGAUGCUUUCUGGUCAAUAUAUAUAUUUUGAAUUAAUCAAUUCUUUUUAUGCAAUUGUUAUUGUUUAAAGGGUUUGUGUUAAUGAAUUUCAUAUUUCAUUAGGUUGUUGAAUUAUUUGUGUGGCUAACAAUAACAUUUACCUGUGAGAGAUAGAGAAAAAUUGUGCCUUUUUAGUUUUGCAAGAGUUAACUGUUGAUGAUUAUUUUUAGUAUUAGUUUAAAUAAAUGUAUUCCAUCUAUGUUUUUUUCUAUAAUUUAUUAUAAUAGCAAAAGGUGAAUGGUUGUCCUAUUUGUUUAUUUCUCUGCAUCUUAUUAAACUGUUUGUAUUUUUAUUUAUACCAAUUUAAUGCCUAAUUUCAGUAGGUGUUUACUUUAUUUUAAUGGAAGUUUUGUUUUUGUUGUCAGUAAAGUUUUAUGAAAAUGUAACAGUGUUCAGGGGAGCGUAUGAAAAAGAAUAUGUCUUCCUUCUUUUCUUUGCCAUUGGUUUGUCCAAAUGUUAUUCCUGCUUUGUAGACUCGUUAAAGGAAAAGUAAAAAAAAACACAAUCUCAUUAUCUUAGCCUCAAAGAAGAACAAUGUGGUGUAUAAAUGACACAUAAUAGCAUUUAUUAUGCCCCCCUUCGAAGAAGAGGGGGUAUAUUGCUUUGCUCAUGUCGGUCGGUCUGUCGGUUGGUCGGUCUGUCGGUCCGUCCACCAGGUGGUUUUCAGACGAUAACUCAAGAACGCUUGGGCCUAGGAUCAUGAAACUUCAUACUGUAGGUACAUUGAUCAUGACUCGCAGAUGACCCCUAUUGAUUUUGAGGUCACUAGGUCAGAGGUCAAGGUCACGGUGACCCGAAAUAGUAAAAUGGUUUUUGAAUGAUAACUCAAGAACGCAUACGCCUAGGAUCAUGAAACUUCAUAGGUAGAUUGAUCAUGACUUGCAGAUGACCGCCCCCCUUCGAAGAAGAGGGGGUAUAUUGCUUUGCUCAUGUCGGUCGGUCUGUCGGUCCGUCCACCAGGUGGUUGUCACACGAUAACUCAAGAACGCUUGGGCCUAGGAUCAUGAAACUUCAUAGGUACAUUGAUCAUGACUCUCAGAUGACCCCUAUUGAUUUUGGGGUCACUAGGUCAAAGGUCAAGGUCACAGUGACCGGAAAUAGUAAAAUGGUUUUUGAAUGAUAACUCAAGGACGCAUACGCCUAGGAUCAUGAAACUUCAUGGGUAGAUUGAUCAUGACUCGCAGAUGACCCCUAUUGAUUUUGAGGUCACUAGGUCAAAGGUCAAGGUCACGGUGACCCGAAAUAGUAAAAUGGUUUCCGGAUGAUAACUCAAGAAUGCAUACGCCUAGGAUCAUGAAACUUCAUGGGUAGAUUGAUCAUGACUCGCAGAUGACACCUAUUGAUUUUGAGGUCACUAGGUCAAAGGUCAAGGUCACGGUGACCCGAAAUAGUAAAAUGGUUUUCGGAUGAUAACUCAAGAAAGCAUAUGCCUAGGAUCAUGAAACUUCACAGGUAGAUUGAUCAUGACUCGCAGAUGACCCCUAUUGAUUUUAAGGUCAAAGGUCAAGGUCACAGUGACCCGAAAUAGUAAAAUGAUUUUCGGAGUUGAUAACUCAAGAUCGCUUUUGCCUAGGAUCAUGACACUUCAUAGGUACAUUGAUCGUGACUCGCAGAUGACCCCUAUUGAUUUUCAGGUCACUAGGUUAAAGGUCAAGGUCACAGUGACAAAAAACUUAUUCACACAAUGGCUGCCACUACAAUGGACAGCCCAUAUGGGGGGGGCAUGCAUGUUUUACAAACAUCCCUUGUUACAAUUACUUUCAUAAUAAUCAAAAAGGUUUAUUUUCUCUGAUCAACAAUUCAUAUAUUAUGUUAUUACUAAUAAUCAUAUUUGUAACAAUUUCAAAAAAUUGAAUUGCCAUUCGAAUUUUAUUCUGACAUUUUUUAGUUGAGUGCCAACACGUAAGAUGGCAUAUACCUUAGAGUAAAUGAUCAUUCUGUGCUCAGAAAAACUCUAUUUCCAUUCCAUUCCCAGUGAUGUUUGCGUUUUUAACCAGGUUUUCCGAAGGAAAAAACUGGUUAUUAGAUUGGCGAAUGCGGGCGGGCUGGCAGGCGGGCGGAACAAGCUUGUCCGGGCCAUAACUAUGUCGUUCAUUGUCAUAUUUUAAAAUUAUUUGGCACAUUUGUUCACCAUCAUUGGACGGUGUGUCGCGCGAAAUAAUUAAGUCGAUAUCUCCAAGGUCAAGGUCACACUUUGAGUUCAAAGGUCAAAAUUGGCAAUAAAUGAGCUUGUCUGGGCCAUAACUAUGUCAUUCAUUGUGAGAUUUUACAAUUAUUUGGCACAUUUUUUCACCAUCAUGGGACGGUGUGUCGCACGAAAGAAUCACGUCAAUAUCUCCAAUGUCAAGGUCACCACAACUUAAAAUAGAUUUAUUUUGAAACAAACUUACCAAGGGGGUUAAUUUUGUUUGUUCAUUUCAAAAGUUCAGUUUGAGUUGUCUCCCUUAAUCAGAUUUUUUUCACAAUGAAAACCUGAUUUUGUGACAAUUUUGUCCCUUGUAUAUGAUUGGAUUAUUGUUUAAAUUUGUUUGGCUGGUAUUAUGGUAUUAACUAUAUUUCAUUAUUUUGAAAUGAUUGUAUAUACAUGUAUAUAAUAAAGACCACAUGCAUUAGAUUUUUUGUCAACCAGUGGGUACUUAAACAAGUGCAUUUUAUAGAACUCUUAUUAGAUAAAAGCCAAUAGUUAGUUGCUUUUAUUUCUAACACUAUAUGACAGUCAUCAGUUGUACAUAGACAUGUAGGAUGUACAUGUAAUGUAUUAAUAUGUUGUAUUUUAUAUGUUGAGACAGGUUCUACACUUGUUAUUACAGUAUUUAUGGUGCAAAGGAAGUUUUUAUUAUUGAUUAUCUACAAUGUGCAUGAUAUGUUGGUUGUAUUUUAAACUGUGGUUUCAUUGAAGUUUAAUGACAUGAAAUUUAGUGUAUUUGUAUUUUCCAAGACUUAAAGAUGGCAACUUAUGCAUUUUAGUUCAAAACAAAUAGACCAAUUUCGUUAGCCAUACUGUCCUAUAAAGAAGUUUUUUGUGAAAAUUUUCAAUGAAAAGAAUAUAAUUACUGCAAUUAACAAUCAGAGUUGUUAUUACAAAGCAAUAAUGCUUGUUUGUAAUGUCCUAUAAUUCGGUGCAUGAUUUCUGGAAGUAUGAAUUUAUUGCUGGCAUUUGCAAAGGACAUUCAUGUGUGUUUGAUUCUUAUCCCUUAAUGAACAAAAUUCCUCAAUUGAAAGAAUCAAUAGAAAAAAUAUUGAAUAAAUAGAUGACUCUGAAA